AAUUUCACCACACCGGCCGACUCCCCCCUCACCCGGCACCCCAUCAACAACGAUGGCCGUAGUCAACGGGACAGACAACGACAACGACACUGCCACCAUGACACGCUCCUCCGUAAUCGAGGUAGAAGACAUCCCCGACGCCAUCCUUGAUCCUGCUCCCGAAAACAUUAUCCAUUUUAAGGGCAACCUUGUCCUCGUCGUUGGCAGCUCCGACCGUCAACGCUCCAUUCUCGUGCAAGCCGAGACAAUCGAGCACUUCGGCCAGCCGUGGCAAGAGGUCAUAAAGGACUCUAAUCGCGAACGCCUUCUCUCCGUGCGGCGCACAUCCCACCUCCCCGACGACGACGCAGACAUGAUGCUCGUGCUAAUGUACCUAUCCCACUCGUGGCACGUGGGCAAAGUUCCCAAAGAAGUUUCCUUCCAGCAACUCCUGGCCAUGACACGAAUCUGCGAGAAGUACGACAUGAACGCGCAGGUGUCGCCGUUCGUAAGGCGGUGGAUUGUUCCGCAUCAGGACAAGCUGCUGAGUCCCGGGAGGGAGGAGUGGCUGUUUAUUGCGCACCAGUUCGGGCUCGAGCGCCAUUAUAUUACGCUGGCGUAGCAUCUGGUGUUGGGUUGUCGGACGGAAGGGGGUAGAAUGUUGUUUCCGCCGGGGAGAGCGGAGAAGCUGGAAGGGUUGGUCCCGGAUGGUGCGCUCGUCGAGAUCCGACGGAAACGCAUAAAGGCGCUCUCCACUGUUCUCGAUAUUGUCUACAAGCAGAUCGAUCGUCUCGAGAACGGCAACACCUGCCGCGCCACGCUGUCACAGUCGCCAGGCGAGGAAACAGAAGCGUUGAUCGAGGCGGAGCGCGCGAUGUGCA